AUGGAGGAAUAUGUCUUUUAUAAUGGUAAACGUUCCAGACAGUAUGAUAUCUUACAGGGGGUUCGACAAGGUGGGGUAUUAUCGCCAUGGCUAUUUCUUCUCUUCAUUGAUGACAUGAUAAGCGAGCUGGAAAAGCUAUCCACUGGUAUAGUUAUUCAAAAUUUGUUUGUUGGAUCACCAAUGUUUGCUGACGAUCUUACGCUUAUGUCAAGAUUAAAACGAGGUCUUGAUAACAUGCUUGUACAAGUUCAUAACUAUAGCCUAAAAUGGAGACUUACUUUUAAUGAGAAAAAAACUGUUGUGCUGACCUUUGGCGAAAAACGAGAUAACAUAUCGGCAGUUACGAACAGAAGGUGGCUUACAGGAGGUAAAGAAAUCAUGGAGAAAAGUAUCUGGCAUAAUCUUGGAAAAGAUUGGCACACCGACGUUUCCAGCCUUAUUCCAAUACUAGAGGCUGCGAAGAAAGGUCAGGCUAUCGGCAUUGGUUUAGUAAUUUCUGGGAUGUAG